CCUAUUUAAUUGUAAAAUGUAAUAUGUCCAGCUCCCUGCGCCCUGCAUAACCAUUUUGGGGAUGGAUGAAAGGUUAAAAUAGUAGUUAUGUUUUAAAAUUAUGUUGCACUUUUAAGCCUAUUAUUUCCUAGGUAAUGUCUAUGUGUUAAAACCCCAUAGACUCAACAACACUUUACUGUGUUUUAUAAAAGCACAACAAUAAAUAGGCUAUAUAGGCUGAAUGAAUGGAUAAAUUCUGAUCCCACAACGCGUUCAAAAUCAAAUGGAAUAGGUACAUGAAUUUAUAUUGUAAGCCUACUAAGAAAACAAGACAGAUGGGCUCUUCAAUUCCGAAGAUCACAACACGCCAUCUUCCCUAAUCCUUUAUUUAAUACAUCUGACGCCAACACAAUUACGCACAUUCCUCUUUGACAAAAUAAUGCGCUUCCCCCAUUUUACACAUCCUUCAGGAUAAAAGGUUACAUCCACACACUCAAGUGCCUUUGGUGCUAAAUCUCCAGUGAAAACUGCAGUCUUGCCUGUUGAGCGGCAGCGCGCGCGUGAAAGGUCUCCAGACAUGAAGUUUGGCGCGCUCCAUCUCACGAAACACUAAAACUAUUUCACCGUCAGAAGUGUCUCGUAUUUUUGAGCUCGCAAGACAUUUAUCAUAUUUAGAAGACACUUUUAUUUCCGCCGAUACAGGCGAAGGGUUGCAGUGAGGCAGUGCAGCUGGUUAACGGACUGUUUCAGAUGGAGAGCGUCACAUGAGAUCUGAUGUCAUACGGGACGCGCGGCAGAAGCAGCUGCUCUCGUAAGGUGGCAGUCAGUCAUCAAUUGAAUAGGAGCGGGCCAAAGAAAUCCACGCAUUGCGCACAGGCAUCACUAUUGUUUUCAAACCUUGGGAUUUUCGUCUUAAACUACCUGUUUAAAAUUCACAACAAGACGAUGGACAGCAACGUGGUGCAGAUUUUUAAGGAGGAUAAAUGCCCCUCAUCUCACCCUGAGAAGUGUUUACCUAACUUCACAUGGCAAUCUGCCGUCUCGGACAUUUAUAACAGUUCUCUGAAUGAAAGCUGGACGACCGAGCAGGAAGCUAUGUCCCCUCUCAUUCCGAUCAUCACUGCCGUUUACUCCGUGGUGUUUGUUGUUGGACUGGUGGGAAACUGCCUGGUGAUGUAUGUCAUUAUCAGAUACACCAAAAUGAAAACCGCCACCAACAUCUACAUUUUCAACCUGGCUGUCGCAGACGCUUUGGUAACCACCACCAUGCCCUUUCAGAGCACAGAUUACCUGCUGAACUCUUGGCCAUUUGGAGAGGUGGUUUGUAAAGUUUUUAUCUCCAUCGACUACUACAACAUGUUCACCAGUAUCUUCACUUUAACCAUGAUGAGUGUGGACCGAUAUGUGGCCGUCUGCCAUCCCGUCAAGGCCCUGGACUUCCGGACACCAAUGAAGGCUAAGAUCAUCAACAUCCUCAUCUGGGUGCUGUCCUCGGCUGCUGGGAUCCCUGCAAUGGUUCUUGGAAGCACUCAGACGAACAAUGGCACGACAGAGUGUGCUCUGCAGUUUCCAGACCCGUAUGUCUACUGGGACACAUUGAUGAAGAUCUGCGUCUUCAUCUUUGGCUUCGUGGCUCCUCUUCUCAUCAUCACCGUUUGCUACACUCUCAUGGUUCUGCGCCUCAAGAGCGUUCGCCUGCUUUCAGGUUCACGUGAAAAAGAUCGCAACUUGAGACGCAUCACUCGAUUGGUUCUGGUUGUGGUGGCAGUGUUCGUUGUGUGCUGGACCCCCAUUCACAUCUUCAUCCUGGUCAAAGCUCUUUCGCACGGUGUGCCGGAGACCACAUCGGUCAUGGCUGCCUACUUUUUCUGUGUGGCGUUGGGGUACACCAACAGCAGCCUGAACCCCAUUCUGUACGCCUUCCUUGAUGAGAACUUCAAGCGCUGCUUUAGGGACUUCUGCUGCCCAGGUCGGACUGCAGGCGACGGGCGUGGGGUUAGUCGGGUCAGAAGCACUCUCCGAGAGCACACGUGCCCAGCAGAGGCCAAAAAUGAUGGAGGCCAGGGUCGACCCGUAUGACUAGCCGUGGAGCUGUCAUCUUUUCAUGGUCGAGAGGACUCCAAUGACUUGGGACUGACACAGAUCACAACCGCCAUCUGAGGAAGGGAUUGUGGCGUUUAGGUUCAGGCGAGGGCGCUUAGGAAUCUGUGAUUGAGCAAAAAGGCUUUGUUCAUUCAGUAUGUCCAUAUAAAUAUUUACGGCAUCACCUCAUUUAGAGUUUACUUUCUCAUCCCCGUUGACCAAAGAUGGAAUGUCAUGCUCAAACAGGCUUUUGCAUAAUGUUACUAGUCCUUUAGGGUAUAUAUGUAAGAUUUUCCUUACCUGCGUCGAUGCAAUGCUUCUUUUGGUGUUGAAAGGAUUUGGAGAGAGUAAUGAGUAUAUAAAAAUGGCACUGUUUAUUCGUUUGGUCUUGGUGGAAUAGAUCUGCUAUGCUGCUGCUGCUUUGAUUACCAAGACUCUAUAUAUUCACAGACACUCUGUCUAAGAAUAUAUCACACUCCUGCUGCAAGCACAACAUACAUUAAUUCCCCAAUAGCAGAUCUAUACACAAAUGGAACUGAGGUGGAGGAGGGCUCCUAAAAACAUGCUGCAGAUUGCUAAUGCAAAUGGCACUGACGUAUUUCAGAGCUGAGGCGACAGCAAUCAUUCACCUGCGCCAUGUAGUUGAAGGAGAUGGUCCUGUUUAAGUAUAGUUUAGGACUAAACUGACUGCACAUGCAUUUUUAUGAAACACGCAGUCAGUUUACUGGCUUUCCACCAUUAUUUAACACCCACCAAAACAUGUCUUAAAGCAGUGUCUUAACCAUAUUCCUGGAGGACCACCAACACUGCAUGUUUUGCAUGUCUCCUUUGUCACACUCAUUACAGGUCUUUCAGUCU